UAAGAACAUAGUAGUACGAUUUCUGAAAUGAACCAAGUAACACUAGUGGACACUCUUAAAGUUACGCAAUCCAUUCAAGAAUAUUCGUUUUACGUGAGUGAUUUCUAACUAUUGGCGGUCGUAUACGCUGCGUCCCGAUUAUGGUUCAUUAGUUUUUCCAUCAUUGUUUUCGUUUCGUGCAAUCAAUCGUCUUUCCAUUUAUCGUCCGUUUUCGCCUUUAUUUAUUUAUUUUUUUCUACCGGAAAAACAUGUACUUGGAAAGCGUCAUUUUUGUGGUUCUGCUGUCCUGCACCGUGAGCACGAGGCUGCCCCUGGAGGUGUUCCAGCACCAGCCGCAGGAGCACCACCACCACCACCGGCUCCACAACACCGGCAACUUCCACAGGAAAAAAGUGCAGGAGCCGAGCACCAUGAAGAUACUUUACCAAGUCGGGUCUUCCGAAGAGGAGCUUCCAUUGUGCAAGGCAAAAUCCAUAUGCAACAAAGUCGACCUGUACGACACUCCAUGGAUCGAAAAACAGUGCAGGUGUCCAAAUGGAAGAACCUGCUCAACUAGUUUACAGUACGAUGAUGGAUUCACGUUCGUGGAAAAAACCAGACAGUACAAAAUGUGUGAAUCUGUCAAAAAAUUGCCCAGGUGCAGGUUCUUUAGGGACACCACGUGGACCAUCACGUUGCAUCCGAACAACACGACGGAUCAGGUGGUGCACUGCCACUGUCCGAGGAACUCACUCACUUAUCUGGUCAAGAGGAACGUCAUUCAUAUGCCCAAUGACCAGUUGACGUUCCAAUAUCUCUUCUCUUGUUCGCCGCAAAUGAGGCUGAGAUGCCAGAGGAAGGAACCUUGUAGAUUGUUUACAGUACGUAAACGUCAGGAGUUUUUAGACGAAGUGAACGUAAACACGUUGUGCCAAUGCCCCCAUGCGCACCGAUGUCCGCACCAUCACACGGAUUACGGCGUAAUAACGAGCAAGACCUACGACGAAGACACCAUCAAAACCUACACCGGAUAUUGUCUUCCGUCUUAGGUGGUACCUGACUAGAUGUCGCCGCUUACAGCAAUCCACGGACGUGGUUAUGAAUCGUGAAAAUGCUCCAAACGUUUCCAUUUUGUUUUUCAUUUCACAUUUCGACCCACAACGAAUACUCUGUAAUCACGAGUUUUUUUACCGGAGAUUUUUAUCUCGAAAUUGUUCUGAACGGUCACAGAAAACCACACCGUUCUGUUGCCGUUUAAAUUUCGUAUUGACUUGUAAAUUUGUACAUUCCAAAAAUGUGCUCAUCUGCAUAAUGACAUGGAAUUAUUUAAGAAUUAGAUUUUAAGAUACCUAACGUUAUAUUUUAUAUAUAUACCAAUGUUAUAUAUAUACCAAUGUUAGAUUAGUCCUGUCCACUAGGGACCAAACUUUUACCAGAUUUUAGCUUUAAUGUUGAAAGUUGUAACUAAAAUUAAGUUAUUGUAUAUAGUAUUUUUUAUUUCUUAAGUAUUGGAAGUCGAAAAGAUCUAUUUAUUGUUUUUAUUCUUUUACUCAAACGCUCAUUUGUUUAUGGUGGAUGUAAUUUGUCAAGUACAUAUUUUUUGUAUAUAAACCUAAGACAUGUUGUUGCUUUUUCUAAAUUGAUGUAUUUUAAGUAAAUACUUAAUUGUAGAUAAUUCAACAUAUUCUGCAAAGACUUGUACAAUAUUUUUAGUGUGUAAGAAACGUUGGAAACGUACAAUAAAUUAUUAAUAUUUUUUUAGUUAUAGGAUAUUUUACUCCAGAACCAUAAAUGAUAUUUAAAUGUAUUAUUUGAAUCAUAUAUUUUGUAAAAUGAGUUUAUGUACAUACAAUUAUCAUAAAAUAUUUGAUUUUUA